AUGGACUACGACAGAAAAUCGACCGUGUCUUCAUUCUAUGGAGGACGAAGAGGCUCUUUCGAUGCCCUGAAUCAUUCAGAAUCUCCCAAUUACGCUCCCUCGGGUCGUCCACGAGAUGAUGCUUCUUCCUUCUAUGCCGAUCGACAACCACUAGCGAGUCAUGAUAUGCUAACGGGAGGACAAUCCGCAGGGUACAACGCAUCAUCUUUCUUUGCUGCCGGACGCAUAGAACCGCUGAAAGGCGGACGUGACGAGGAAGAAGAGGCGCCAGAAGCUCAGACCUGGGAUGUUUAUGCAGACUUUAACAACGCCGGCCCAAGAUACAGCACUGCUUUCGGCAUUGGCCAACAUCAGGAAGCUGGUUAUCAUCAGCUUCCCCCACCUCCCCCUCCGCCUGGUGCCAAAACAGAGGGUGAUGCCGACAGUGCUCACACACCAGUAGAACUGGUUACAGUGCCUGCACUUGGUCCGGAAUGGCAGUUAUCCGAGAUGAAAAACAUGACUAAAUCGGGUCGACGAGAGAUCAAGAGUGAGAAGCGGCAGGAGAAGUGGAAAGCCUGGCAUCGCGGGGAGACGGGUUUGUGCGGAAAGUGGUUUACCAAAAAGUUCCUGGCCUUUUUCUUGUUUGGGUUGUGCGCCAUCAUUGGCACUCUCCUCGCAAUCACCAUCCCUCGAGUACCUGGUUUGUCAUUCAAUAGCUCCACACCUCUUGUUGCCGCCACUGGGAGCUACAAUGCCUCAAUUCCCACUGAAUUUUCUCGGUACCCAGCCAAUUUCUCAUUUCCUGCGUACGCAGAUAUCCAAGUUGAUACCACCGCCAAUAUUAUUCCCCUUACCUUCAACUCCAUAUCUGCACAGGUGUGGGAUCCGACCACGAAUCUACAAGUCGGCACGGGUUACUUUGGAAAAGAUACCCUCCCCGCCAAGUCAUAUCCGAAGAUCCAGAUCCCGCUCAAUUUCUCGUAUGUUGCAUCAAACGACUCGGAUCCGACGUGGGUCGAGUGGUAUAAUGCCUGCAAGAAUGCUGGGCUUUAUACUACCGGGUCAAGGCCAGGUGCAAACUUCAAGCUCAUUCUUACUAUGGAUAUCGCCGGACUGCCGUCAACGCAGUCCACAUCCACACAGGUGAAUGCGGCGCCUUGCCCUAUCGAGCUGCCCAUUAAUUCAGUAUGAUGGAUAAUUACUGGACUUAUUUGCGCGUCUAUCUGCUUAUUCUAGUUCUACUGUGUUCUGGGACGUUGCACUAUCUCCGCCAUUACAUAGUCUUGGAUAUCGGACAAUAUGAUCAUCCGUCGUUAUUUCACGGCCUGCGCAUUCGCCUUACUGCAGUCUGUCUUUAUUUCAUUUUUUCACUUUAGUAUUCACGGCGUUGCUCACCGUCACGAUGUGCAGACAGACUAUUGGAUUAUAAUUAAUGCUGGCAUCGGUCAAUGAUUAGGCUUUUGUCUGCUGGGAUGAAUUCAAGUUGAUCUAUUUAUUUAAAGUGAAGAUAGAUAUCGAGCUUCCACUGUGAGCAGCGCGCGGUAUGUUCACUUCACAAUUGUUCAAAGUGGACUUUGCUGCUUCGAUCUUCAUGGAACUUAGCAACACCU